GGCUGAGCAUCAGUGAGGGAGGGACUGAACAGGAAGCAGCUCUGGGCGGGGAGUGGUCGGACGUAUAAGAGACGAGUCGUCUUCCUGAUUCCUGCAUUUGUCUGCUGUCUCCGUCUACUUCACACCUGAAACUCCACCUGCACAGGAUGUCGUGGCAAGCGUUCAUUGAAAGACUGACCGAUAAAAUAGAUGGCACCAAGCCCUCCCCGGUGGAAGAGGCGGCCAUCUGUGGGAUUGAACUUGGGAAGGAGUCGGUGUGGGCCAGUACAACCGGCGCCGCCAUCACGGUGGAGGAGAUCAAGAAGCUCGCAAGCGAGCAGCGAUCGGACUUUGCUCAGAACGGUGUCCACGUCUUCGGACGGAGGUGCAGGCUGAUCAGAGACCAGCUGGACGUAGAGGGCGUCUUCAUGAUGGACCUGAAGACAGCGGCCGACGCCGAAGGCAACACGUACGGAGUGUGCGUGAGCAAGACCAAAACAGCUAUCAUCGUGGUGAGGGGAACCAAAGACGCCAAUGGCGGGCAGCUGUCCACGAGGGUGUACAGUGUGGCCGAUUACCUGAGGGGCCUUCAUGUUUGAGGCAUCAUGGCGGCUGCCUCCUUUCUGACCCCUCCCCCUCCCAUCCCCUCCACCAGCUUCAGCUGUCAGGGGACAAACAGUGUUUUCCUUGUUGUCACGCCUGAUGAUGUCACAGCCAUGUGGCCGCUGUGGCCCCUCCCCCUCUACACACGUGUUCAGCGCACUAUGUGUUUGUGGUGGAGAUGGACCACCAUGGAAACAGUCUCAACCACCAAUUUAAUAAAGAGAAAAGUGUUUAUUUGCAAA